GCGAUCAUCGGACUUCAUUGUGGCGGAGAUAAGUUGUUAUUGGGAAGAGGCCUUUGCGAGUGGGGUCCCGGGGCUCUUCCCUCUCCUCCGUGGGAGCGUUGGUGGCUCUGUCUGACGGCCCUUUGGGACCUGUCGAGCGCAGUGUGGCAUCAGCUUGUUACAGGGGCAUCCCCAGGGAACAGGCUCAGUGUCACGGCAAAACCAAAGACCUGUUGUGUUGGAGCACCAGCUGUCUUCCUCUGUGGUCUCACCUUGGUGCCGGUGCCCGGCCCGGAGCUGCCAUGACGACGGGUGACUGCUGCCACCUCCCCGGCUCCCUGUGCGACUGCCCGGGAAGCGCUGCCCUCUCCAAGUCGGUGGAAGACUCUGACAUCGGCCGCCCGCAGUACGUCACGCAGGUCACCGCCAAGGAUGGACGGCUCCUCUCCACCGUCAUCAAGGCGCUGGGCGCGCAGAGUGAUGGUCCCAUCUGUCGAAUCUGUCAUGAAGGUGGAAAUGGGGAGGGACUGCUUUCCCCGUGUGACUGCACAGGAACACUGGGCACCGUGCACAAGAGCUGCCUGGAAAAAUGGUUAUCCUCCUCCAACACAAGUUACUGUGAGCUCUGCCACACAGAAUUUGUUGUAGAGAGAAGACCGAGACCUUUGACAGAGUGGCUGAAGGAUCCCGGUCCCCGCAAUGAGAAGAGGACCCUCUUCUGCGACAUGGUGUGUUUCCUCUUCAUUACUCCCCUGGCGGCGAUCUCCGGCUGGCUGUGCCUGCGUGGAGCCCAGGAUCACUUGCAGUUCAACAGCCGACUGGAGGCCAUUGGACUUAUAGCACUAACUAUAGCACUUUUCACAAUCUACGUCCUUUGGACGCUGGUUUCGUUCCGCUACCACUGCCAGCUGUACUCGGAGUGGCGAAGGACCAACCAGAAAGUCCGCCUGAUGAUCCCAGCCUCGCGGAGCCCGCACCCCGUGCCCCACUCCCUCCUCUCCGCCAAGCUCCUGAAGAAGACCGCGGAUGAAACCACCGUCUGAGCCAUCCCUCGGCCACUGUGCCACCUGGCUGCCGGUGCCACCGUGCCACCAGGGCAGCCCUGGGGGGCUGGCAGGAGCGAAGAGGGUCGGGUGGCCCCUCGUGCGCAGGAAACGCGGCGACUGUGGAGGCACCAGGAAACCAUCAUCCCACCCGAAGGGGCUUUGCGGUCAGCACGUACUUUAUACUAUGGCAAACGGACGGAUAAUCAGCGUCUGUCAUGUGAAGCGGCCCAAAAGAGCCAGAUGGCAGAAUAUGCCUGUCUGCAGGGACACUUUCCUAUAAAUACCAUACGUGGAAAAUAUCUCCCCCCUCUCUCUAUAUAUAUAUCUCUCUAUAUAUAAUAUUAUUUUUUAAUGGCCAUGCAUAUUGUGUUUCAGUCCUUUUGAGUUGAUGUUCUAAGCUUCAGUAUAGAAGCUGGCAGCCUGAUCUCAUUCAGAGGUUAAAUCUAUGCCUUUUCUCCAAAUGAGCAUAUAAAGAACACUUUUCAGUGACCGUUCUUGAAAAUCCCCUUCUCCUUUGCACUAAAUUGGUUUUGAUAAUACUGCGGCAGCCUUUCCCGUUACUAUUUGGUCUCUUUCGUGGUGUUUCUGUCCUUUCUAGAAAGUUGUGUGUUUUUAAUAAUUAUUAUAAUGCCAGAAGGAGUAAAAUGACAUAACGCUGAAUGGAGACAUUUUGUAAAGUACUGUAAUUUUGAGAAUUUCAAAAUAAGUUUCAAAAUGAGAAAAUUUUUUCCUGCGCAGACAUGAUCUCACAAAAUGCUUUCCUUGCAGAUCCUGGCUCAUCCCCAGGACUCGGAUGCACUCAGCUCUUGAUAUGUCUGGCAAAGGUAGAUGGAGGAUCUGAGGGGGGGAAGCAACGGCUCAUACUAGCUAAACCCACCAUUGCCUUUUGCUUUUAAAAGAUUCAGAAAGGAGUUUUCCUGACCCCGAAAGGUGAGCGUGGGAGGCUGCUUGCUGAUGUCCUUUCACCAUCUUGAGGCUGGACCUCUUGUAGUAUCACUUACACACGUACGUUACGGGACGGGCCGUGCUCCGCAGCCCCUCGGCAGGAUGCAGGUGGUCUCGGCUGUCCCUGUGCGCUUUAUUUGCACAUUCCUUGGCGGCGGCUGGAGGAGCUGCUGUGAUUUGGUUCAUCCCUGAAAGCGCUGCCUGCCUGUUAUGUGUCCUUUAGUGAAACACUCUAAUUUGCUGAUUCUCAGAAAACAGGCUCUGGGUCCCUUCUCCGCGGGGCUGGCAUCCCUCCUCUUCCUUCAUCCUCCUGUGUUUCCAGCACAUCCAGCUAAUGAACCCUUCUGUCUUGGAGCGUCCGAUCUACCAAGGGUCUCCCUGAGUUUGGCUUUAGUCUUCGGCUCUUCUUGGCCUCCCUGCCCUGCCAGACAAUGCCUGUGCUUGGUGCUGCGCUUUCCCGAGCCCCGUGAGUGGGGUGGGUUGUACGGACACGGCCCUGCUGAGCGGUCCGGAGCUGUGUGCCUGGUGUCAGCCUUGGCUCUCCUCCCGCAGUGCUGAGGGCAGGGAGGGAGGCGGCAGCCCCAAGGUGCCUGUGUCCUCGCAGUGGGUGGUGGCAGUCACACACCGUGUCCCUCUGCUCCUUCGCCGAACCCAAGUGGAUCGGGCCAGUGCCCUGCUAGGUCAAGACCUUUGAUUUCUUGAGUUGAAAGCACCUUAUGCCAUUCUUCCUUCUCUCUAGCUGUAAAGCAGGAUGCUUUUUCCCAAGUGUUCCCUGGCCCCCUAGGCUGGAAGUCGUUGGUGGUGUGAGCGGUGGGCACCAGUGUCCUGCCUCUCCCUGCGUUGCUCCAGCCCUGGGGUCUGCUGUGUGUCUGCUCUUCUCCUCCAUCUCCCAUCCCAGGGUUCUGGUGCAACUCGGUGAUGCCCCGGCACAUCUUGCAGCAGCCUCUCUCUGCCCAGCUGUGGGCCCCCGUGGGCUGGUCCGAGCUGGUCUCGGGUGUGAGUGCGAAGGUCUCAUUUGAUCCCAGGGUGAGCAUCUUCUGCCACUGCCAGCCUGUGCAUCUCUGCUCCCUUCUCUCUGCCAGCCCCCCUGCCUCUCCCCUUCUGCCACGUACCCACGGGCACCUUCCCUUUUCCCUGUCGUGCAGGGAUGGCUUGGCCUCUGGGGGCUCACAGUGCAGCCCAGCUGCACUUAAUGGUCCCUGCGCAGCAUCCUGCAUCAAGUCGGCUUGUGCAGGCACUGCCUGCCCCUGCACACCCCUUCCCGUGGCAGUGAGCGCUGCACCGCUGCUCUGUGCCUUGUCCUGGGUGCCCCUUCCUUCAGCCCCUCCCCAGCAAACCCCACGGCACCAGGACAUUCCCAGUGAAGAAAAAUUUGGGGGUUUAGUUUGACCUUCCCAGCCUUGGAAACUUGGUCUUGCAACUUCCCAGCAAGGAGCUUGGUCUUGCAACGCGUCUAGUUCUGGCAGGUAAUGAAGGAUGCGCGUUCCCCUAGCAAGGACCUAAUGGAGCCAGUGUUUCAAACCCACUCCUGAUCCAAAUAUGCAACUGUGAAAGCCAGAAGUCCCUGGCUGGGGCCAGCGGGGGCCCGGCCCUGUGCUGCUGCGCGGCCGUGGCUUCACCCUCAGCUUCGUUGUCUUUAUCGUAGUUGCCAAUAAUUGGAGUUGUUGCAUGUGCCCCUGCAAAACCCAAUAGCGACUCUUUGAGUCUUCUCCUCCUUCCCGGAGGAGAUGUUCAGCACGUUCCAGUGUCAUGGGGAAAUGGGCUGUGCAAUUAUGUAAAUAAAAGUGAGACAAACA